CUAAAUCAAACGAACCCUAAAGAAACAGUAAAUCAAAAGAACCGCACGACAAUUGAAGCUCAUAAAUUAUUGGAAAAAGCAACCCAGAUCCCAACUCGCCUCUCUCUCUCUCUCCAACUGUCUAUCUCCUUACCCAAUCCAAGGAAAUACUAAUAGGAUUUCUCAAUCCAAGAUUUUCUUUUUUACUUUUCGAAUUCCCACUUAAAAAUCCCAUCUUUUCUUUUCUUAUUUACAAUUCUUUCAUUCUUGAUACUAUCGCCAUUCUCUGCUCACAAUUUAACUGCAGUGCUUGCGAGUAAAUAAUCUGAAGAAUAAUUAUUUGUUUAUUGGCUUUGGCUGUAACAGAACAGAUUGUUGCAGUACUUGGCACAAUUAAGGAGUUGAAAGGAGAGAUCUUUAACAAAAUGAGGACUCUUAUUCGGGCCGUGAGGCAAUUUAGGCUGGGUUGCAGGUCAAGAGGGAAUAUCCUAUACGAUGCCUCGUCUAGAUCACGUGAUUUUUGGUUCAGAAUGGAUCAUCGUUCUAUGUAUAGCAUGUCCCGUAGCAUAAACGAUUUUUGUCAAAGUAAAUAUACACACAUGAUCCACAGAGCUACUAUAUCAACUGAUGUAGCUGCAAUGACUCAUGGAGAACUAAAUGGCAGAGGGCCGCUGCUAGAAUACGGGCGUAGGAUAUCUGCUGGUGAACUUUUGGAUGGAGAUGCUUGCCAGCUUAAUACCCUGGGGGAGCUUCAAAGACUAUACAACGAGCUUGUUGAAAAAGAAGAAGCUUGCCGAUUGGAUCGUUAUGCUACUUCUGAGAAAGCUGCGAGGAGUAGGUGGUUGUGGUCACGUUUUAUACCUCAGUCUUCAGAUGCACCUGUGAGAGGACUUUAUCUAUACGGAGGAGUGGGAACUGGAAAGACUAUGUUGAUGGACUUAUUUUUUAAUCAACUUCCUUCCAAUUGGAGGAAGAAGAGGAUCCAUUUCCAUGACUUCAUGCUAAAUGUUCACAGCCGUUUACAAAAGCACAAAGGAGUCUCAGAUCCCUUAGAAGUUGUUGCUGGAGAGCUAUCCGAUGAAGCAAUCUUGUUAUGCCUUGAUGAAUUUAUGGUGAAUGAUGUUGCUGAUGCCUUAAUUCUCAAUCGUCUAUUUCGACAUUUAUUCAGCAAUGGAGUUAUUCUCGUUGCUACUUCAAACCGAGCUCCAGAUAACCUCUAUGAAGGGGGCUUGCAGAGGGAUCUGUUUCUUCCAUUUAUUGCUACUUUGAAGGAAAAAUGUGUAGCUCAUCAAAUUGGUUCCUCCGUGGACUAUCGAAGAAGGACAUCGGCAGAACAAGGUUUCUACUUUGUCGGAAAGCAUUUGUCAGGCCGUCUCAAGAAAAGAUUCUAUCAGUUAAUUGGUGAACACAUAGCUUCUCCACAAGAGGUGGAAGUUGUCAUGGGGAGAAAAUUGCAGGUCCCACUGGGCGCGGAUGGCUGUGCUCUCUUCUCUUUUGAGGAACUCUGCCACAGACCUCUUGGAGCCGCAGACUAUUUUGGGCUGUUUGCAGAAAAAUUCCAUACGCUGGCACUGGAUGGGGUGCCGAUAUUUGGGGCCUCCAAUAGGACGGCAGCGUAUCGGUUUGUGACUUUAGUUGAUGUUAUGUACGAGAAGCGAGCUAGACUAUUAUGCAGCGCUGAGGGGACUGCAUUCCAACUCUUGGAACGGAUUGUAACAAUAGCUGAUGCUCAGCAAAUGGCACCGAGGACCUCUUCGAGAUCGAGGAAAUCAGAUGACUCCGACAUUUGUGUGGACGACGAAUUAGGUUUUGCUAAAGACCGCACCAUUAGUAGGUUAACAGAAAUGAAUAGCAGAGAGUACUUGGAGCAACAUGCGGAAGCCUUGCUAGAAAAGCAUAGCCACCUACAAGUCUUCUUGUAAUAGAACUUUUUUAGAUGACUUCUUUUUGCAAUAAUACCAUGUCAAGAAAUUGUCACGUGUUUAUACAAUUGUUCCUACUUCCAUUUUAUUACUA